AUGGUUUGGUUAAAGUUAUCCCUUUUAAAUCUUCUUGUCGUUAUCAAUGGUUUGUCAAUUCCAUUUGUUGAACAUUCUGUAGUAGAUGUGUUCAAAUCUUUACCUUUACCUCCAGGUAAAGACGAAAGACCAGUCCCAGGUGAUUCUCCUAUCAUUCAAUGUGAUGUAUCAGAAGCACAAAUUUUAAACUUACAAAGUGUUAUCAUUGAACCAAAUCCUCCUGCCAGAGGUGAAAACUUGACUAUCAUCGCCAAAGGAUUCUUAGCUCAAGAUAUUGAAGAUGGUGCUUAUGUAGAUGUUGAUGUUAAGUAUGGUUUCAUUAAGUUAAUUCAUCAAACCUUUGAUUUAUGUGAAGAAAUCAAGAAAGUCGAUAUGGAAUGUCCUUUGAAAGCUGGUCAACAAAUCAUCAUCAAACAAGUCGAAGUUCCUGAUGAAGUACCUCCAGGUAAAUAUUCUGUUAAUGCUAGAGCAUAUACUGUUGAGGAUGAAUUCAUCACCUGUUUAUCAGCCACAGUCGAAUUUCCAGCCGCUUUAUGA